AUGGAAACGCCGGAGAUCAGCGUCAAGCAGCAGCCGUCCAAAAUCUCCCCCGACAGGACCCCGCCGUACCCGCAGAUUUUCUCGCCGAGACCAGCGCCAGCCUCCGCCACGUCGGCCUACGAGCAGUACCUACGCAUCCCGGAGCUGUCCAGGCUGUGGGCCGCUCGGGACUUCCCCGACUGGAGGGCCGAGCCUGUCCUCAAGCCGGCUCUCCAGGGGCUCGAGAUCACCUUCCGCUUCGUCUCCAUCGCUCUCUCCGAUCCCCGACCCUACGCCGAUCGCCGCGAGUGGACGCGCCGGCUCGAGACCCUCGCCGCGAGACAGCUCGAGAUCAUCGCCGCGCUCUGCGAGGACGAGGAUGCCGCCGCGGGGGCGCCGAUCUGGGGGCUGGCGGAGUCCGAGGGAGUUCUCUCUCGCGACCGGAGCUCCUCCUCCGAGGUCUGGAAGAUCCCCGGGUCGACCCCGAUGGUGAACCGCACGAGCGAGGCGAGCUUGCUGCCGCGGCUGGCGGUGUGGGAACGAUCGGAGGCGGUCGCAUCGAAGAUCCAGUUCCAGAUCGAGUGCCAGAUGCGGAAAGCCCCUUUCACGCUGGGCCUCGGCGAGCCCAACCUCGACGGGAAGCCCAAUCUGGAGUACGACCUCAUCUGCCGUCCGGCGGAGCUUCAUACCCUGAAGAGAACUCCCUUCGACGGCAAGGGCCUGAAGAACCACGAGAAUAAGGCGCUCUUCAACGUCCAUCAGAUCCUGGAAUCAUGGAUUUUCACCGGGAGGCAGCUCCUGCAGAGAAUCGGCGCCCGGGUCAGCGCCCAGGAAUGGAGCGCCGCAAGCGCCGACUGUUGGCUUCUGGAGCGCAUAUGGAAGCUUCUGGCGGAGGCGGAGGACCUCCACAUGCUGAUGGAUCCCGACGACUUCCUUCGCCUCAAGAGCCAGCUGGCGAUCAGCGCUGACUCCGGGUUUUGCUUCCGGUCGGCGUCGCUGAUGGAGUUCAUGAAGGCGUCAAAGGACCUGCGGCGGCUCGUGCCGACGGUGCUCGGCGUGGAGGUUGAUCCCAACGGCGGGCCGAGGGUACAGGAGGCGGCGAUGCGUUUGUUCCGUCGGCGCGGCGCUGGAGAGGAGGCGAAGGUCCACCUGCUGCAGGGUUUCCAGGCGGUGGAGGCGGCCGUGAAGCGGUUCUUCUUCGCUUAUCGGCAGCUGGUGGCUGCAGUGAUGGGAAACCUGGAGGCCAGCGGUAACCGGCUGGUGGGAUUGCCGCCCAGCUGCAGCGCCGACGCGCUGGCUCAGGUGUUCCUGGAGCCACCAUACUUUCCCAGCCUCGACGCCGCUAAGACUUUCGUGGGGGACUUCUGGCAGCACGAACUGGCCGGCGGCGCCGCUGGCUCGCGGACGGGCCGGUGA